AUGAACUCUACAAUCCCACCAUGGAAGUACCAUGUUUUCUCGAGCUUCAGGGGAGAAGACACCCGGAAAGGCCUCACAGACCACUUACAUGCUGCUCUAAAACAAAAGGGUAUCAUAACUUUCUUAGAUGAUAAGCUCAAUGGAGGAGAGGUCAUUUCUGAUCAACUCCUCCAAGCAAUUGAUGAAUCUCUGAUCUCUCUUGUUGUUCUCACUCGGAGUUAUGUUUCUUCCAGGUGGUGUUUUGAUGAACUUAAAAGGAUUCUUGACUCUAAAAGAUUUUGGGUAGAGAAGUCGUCCCAAUCUCCUAUAAGGUUCAUCCAUCUGAUGUGCGUCAUCAAAGAGGUACCUUUGCUCAUGCCCUUCAACAGAAUGCUGAGAGAUUUGCUGGAAACGAAGAGAAGCUGCAAAGAUGGAAAGACGCCUUAG